AGUUGACUGGUUAAUGUUUGAUCUGUCCAGAGGCAGAGAACGCCGUCCAGCUGUGCAGAACUUCGACCCCUUCGGAGAGAUAGAGCCUAUCAGCUACGUCCGUCGGUCUACCUUAUCAACAGAUUAGUUGGACAAAAGACGGCAUUCUGUGGCUUUAACCGGUCAACUUGACGCUUAACUGUUGGUGAGAGGAGCGGGCCUGAUAAGGACGGACACAGAUCCACUAAGGAGCAGAGAAGUCCCGAACAGUGCUUCGGACCUCUGAUGCAGAAAGCAACAAGGAUCUCCAGAAGAUCUUCACAAAGCUUUUAGUCCCCCAAACCCAGACAGAAGCAUCAUGUUGAGUAGAGACCUUCCAGACAUUGAGAGCAUCCUGGCUCUGAAUCCAAGGGUGAAGACUCACACUCAGGUUAUGUCCACGGCGAGCAAGAAGAAAGAAAAGAAACACUGGAAGAGAAACCCGGAAAAGAACUGUGAUUCUUGUGUGAAGUUGGAGAACAACUUUGACGAUAUCAAACACACAACGCUGAGCGAGCGCGGAGCUCUACGGGAAGCAAUGAGGUGUCUAAAGUGUGCAGAUGCUCCCUGUCAGAAGAGCUGCCCCACUAACAUGGACAUAAAGUCAUUUAUUACUAGCAUCUCUAAUAAGAACUACUACGGGUCAGCGCGGGCCAUACUUUCUGACAACCCCCUGGGUUUGACCUGUGGAAUGGUGUGUCCCACGUCAGAGCUGUGUGUGGGGGGCUGCAACUUAUUUGCUUCUGAGGAGGGGCCCAUUAACAUCGGAGGGCUUCAGCAGUUUGCUACCGAGGUGUUUAGCAAGAUGGGCAUCCCUCAGAUCAGGAAUCCUGAACUCCCACCAGCCAAUGAGAUGCCAGAGUCUUACAAUGCCCCUAUAGCUCUGAUUGGUUGUGGCCCAGCGUCAGUCAGCUGUGCCUCCUUCCUGGCCCGUCUUGGAUAUGAUAAUAUUACGAUAUUUGAGAAACAGAAGUACAUUGGAGGGCUGAGCACAUCAGAAAUCCCCCAGUUCCGGCUUCCCUAUGAGGUGGUCCAGUUUGAAAUACUCCUGAUGAAGGACUUGGGUGUGAAGGUGGUGUGUGAGAAGGGUCUAGGUGUUGACGGAAUGACUUUGACGUCCCUGAAACAGGAAGGAUUUAAGGCUGUCUUCAUUGGGAUUGGUCUCCCUCAGGCCAACAGAGCUAACAUCUUCCAGGGUUUAACUAUGGACCAAGGCUUCUUCACUUCCAAAGACUUUCUGCCCAUGGUGGCCACUGCCAGCAAGAAAGGUAUGUGUCAGUGCCGCACCUCUCUGCCAGAGUUAAGAGGUAUCGUGAUAGUUUUGGGAGCCGGCGACACCGCGUUUGACUGCGCCACCUCGGCUCUACGCUGCGGAGCCAAGAGAGUCUACGUCUGCUUCAGGAAGGGAUUCACUAACAUCAGGGCUGUUCCUGAGGAGAUGGAGUUGGCUAAGGAGGAGAAGUGUGAGUUCCUGCCCUUCCUGUCUCCUCGUGAGGUCAUCAUGAAGAACGGUCGGGUUGCCGGGUUACAGUUCUGUCGCACCGAGCAGACUGAGGAAGGUGAUUGGCUGGAAGAUGAAGAGCAAGUUGUCAGGCUGAAGGCUGAUUACAUCAUCAGUGCCUUUGGUUCCAUGCUCAACGAACCACAAGUAAGCGAGGCCAUGGCUCCUGUGAAGAUGAACCGCUGGGGCACUCCAGAGGUGAACACCGACACCAUGCAGACCAGUGAGCCCUGGGUGUUUGCAGGAGGAGACAUCGCUGGUUUGGCAAACACCACCGUGGAAUCGGUGAACGAUGGCAAACAGGCUUCGUGGCACAUUCACAGAUACAUGCAGUCUCUGCAUGGACAGACAGUGGACCCAGUUCCGAAGCUGCCGCUGUUUUACAGUGCUAUAGAUCAGGUGGACAUCAGCGUUGAGGUGUGUGGAAUCAAGUUUCCCAACCCGUUUGGUCUGGCGUCUGCUCCUCCCACCACCAGCACUGCCAUGAUCAGGAGGGCUUUUGAGCAAGGAUGGGGCUUCGCUCUGACCAAGACGUUUGGACUGAAUAAGGAUCUGGUGACCAACGUGUCUCCUCGCAUUGUGCGCGGUACCACCUCAGGUCACAUGUACGGACCGGGUCAGGGCUCCUUCCUCAACAUCGAGCUCAUCAGCGAGAAGACGGCAGCCUACUGGUGUCAGUCAGUCACAGAGCUGAAGAAGGACUUCCCUAACAAUGUGGUGAUCUCCAGUAUAAUGUGCAGUUACAACAAGGAAGACUGGACAGAAAUAGCCACAAUGGCAGAGGAAUCAGGAGCAGAUGCAUUGGAGCUGAACCUGUCUUGUCCUCAUGGGAUGGGAGAGAGAGGCAUGGGACUGGCCUGUGGACAGGACCCGGUGUUGGUGCGUAACAUCUGCCGCUGGGUGCGUGCAGCCACUACCAUUCCGUUCUUUGCCAAACUGACACCAAACGUUACCAAUAUUGUCGACAUCGCCAUGGCUGCUCAUGAAGGUGGAGCAGAUGGAGUAACAGCCACCAACACAGUGUCAGGUAUGAUGGGACUGAAGGCCGAUGGUUCCCCCUGGCCGUGUGUUGGGAAGGGCCAACGCACCACGUAUGGAGGGGUCUCUGGUAAUGCCAUCAGACCCAUCGUUCUCAGAGCAGUGUCAGCCAUCGCCAGAGCAAUUCCUGGUUUCCCCGUCCUGGCCACCGGAGGUAUCGACUCAGCAGAGACUGGACUACAGUUUCUCCACGCCGGGGCCUCAGUGUUACAGGUGUGCAGUGCAGUACAGAACCAGGACUUCACAGUGAUUGAGGAUUACUGUGUGGGUCUGAAGGCCUUGUUGUACCUGAAGAGCCUGGAGCUGAAGGAUUGGGACGGCCAGUCUCCUCCGACAGAGAGACAUCAGAAGGGGAAACCAGUUCCCAGACUGGAAGACCUGGUGGGAAAGAGCCUCCCUAGCUUUGGGCCGUACCUCCAGGAGAGGACAGAUGCCAUCGCAGAGUACAAGAAAAAGCUGAGAAACGAAAAUAAUUAUGUGAAGGAAGCCGACAUCAGCCGGGGCGACGCGCCCAAAAAAACUGUCCCUGCAGUCAAGGACGUCAUAGCCAGAGCGUUGCGCCACAUCGGAGCAUACCGGGACCUUAACAACAUGGAGCAGGUCCAGGCUGUGAUAGAUGAAGAGAUGUGUAUCAACUGUGGAAAAUGUUACAUGACCUGCAACGACUCUGGAUACCAGGCCAUAACGUUCGACCCAGAGACCCACCUUCCCAGUGUGACUGACAACUGCACCGGCUGCACUCUGUGCCUCAGCGUCUGUCCAAUCAUAGACUGCAUCAAGAUGGUUACCAUGGAAAAACCCUAUAAACCCAAGAGGGGUGUGCCUGUCAGUCCUGUCUACUGAAGGGAGAGACGAACCAACACUGUCCACCUAUUUAAUAAUGGUAAUCAGACGUUAUGAAGUUGGGUUUUAUGAUCACAUUAAUCUGCCUCAUGAGGUUUGACACAUUGUAUGUGUCCCAUUAACUCAUAGGACCCUAGCCCUAUUUUUAGGCUUACUGGUUAAUAACUGAUACACUUAUGGCACAGCUCAAAUUGAA